CACAUGUUUUAGAAGCAAAGAACCAAGAUAUGGACAUAAAACAAACUGUAGAUACCACUUUAAAUAUACCAGAUUAUGGCUUAGAUCAACCAGUCUUCAAAACAUCUCAAGAACAACCAUGUAAUUUAAAGGAAAAGAACGAGUAUUUUAAAUUGGAUUCAACUGUAAAUAAGGAAUCAAAGAAAGAGACAAUUGUGGACAUCAUCUAUAAGCCAUCAGAGGUUGAUGAAUAUCCCAACCAUACGAAUGAAAAGAAGGAACCGAAAAAGAAAUCAUUGGAUAAAAAUGAAAUGCACGAGAAGCAAAAUGUCCAAUCUGAAUUGGGACCAGAAAUUGAAAAGGUUCAAUCCAAGGAUGAACAUCAUGGAAAAAUAACAAAGAAUGUUAAAGAAAAAUCACCAAGUAUUGCCAUUACAGGCCAAAAACCCAAAGAACAAAUAAGUCUUGUACAGAAAACCACAACAUUGAGUGGAGAACUGAAAAAUGUCAAGCAGGUUGUGGAUGAACAUCAUGGAAAAGUACCAAAGCAUGUUACUGAAAAAGCUACAAAUACUGCCACUGCAAGCCAGAAAUUCAAAGAAGAAAUAAUUCCUGCAGAGAAAGCUACAACAAUGUCUGUUAGGGAUGUGCAGAGAGAUUCGCAGGUAGGUGAACCGAAUUUACCAGACACUGAUAGUGGAGAUCUGAAAAAUGUCAAGCAGGUUGUGGAAGAACAUCAUGGAAAAAUACCAAAGCAUAUUAAAGGAAAAGCAACAAAUAUUGCCAUUACAAGCCAGAAAUUCAAAGAAGAAAUAAUUUCUGCAGAGAAAACCAUAACAAUGUCUGUUAGGGAUGUGCAGAGAGAUUCACAGGUAGCUGAACCGAAUUUACCAGACAUUGAUAGUGGAGAUCUGAAAAAUGUCAAGCAGAUCGUGGAAGAACAUCAUGGAAAAAUACCAAAGAAUGUUACAGGAAAAGCAACAAAUAUUGCCAUUACAAGCCAGAAAUUAAAAGAAGAAAUCAUUCCUGCAGAGAAAACCACAACAAUGUCUGUUAGGGAUGUGCAGAGAGAUUCACAGGUAGCUGAACUGAAUAUACCAGACAUUGAUAGUGGAGAUCUGAAAAAUGUCAAGCAGGUUGUGGAAGAACAUCAUGGAAAAAUACCAAAGAAUGUUACAGGAAAAGCAACAAAUAUUGCCAUUACAAGCCAGAAAUUAAAAGAAGAAAUCAUUCCUGCAGAGAAAACCACAACAAUGUCUGUUAGGGAUGUGCAGAGAGAUUCACAGGUAGCUGAACUGAAUAUACCAGACAUUGAUAGUGGAGAUCUGAAAAAUGUCAAGCAGGUUGUGGAAGAACAUCAUGGAAAAAUACCAAAGAAUGUUACAGGAAAAGCAACAAAUAUUGCCAUUACAAGCCAGAAAUUAAAAGAAGAAAUCAUUCCUGCAGAGAAAACCACAACAAUGUCUAUUAGGGAUGUGCAGAGAGAUUCACAGGUAGCUGAACCGAAUAUACCAGACAUUGAUAGUGGAGAUCUGAAAAAUGUCAAGCAGGUUGUGGAAGAACAUCAUGGAAAAAUACCAAAGAAUGUUACAGGAAAAGCAACAAAUAUUGCCAUUACAAGCCAGAAAUUAAAAGAAGAAAUAAUUCCUGCAGAGAAAGCUACAACAGUGUCCUUUAAGGAUGUGCAGAAGGUGUCACCCAAAGUUGAACCAAACUUACCACACAUAGAUAAUGGAGAUCAGAAAGAUGUAAAGCAGGUCGUUUCUGGGGAAUCUGUAAUUCAACCUGAGGAGAUCACAAGUGUGGAUACUGACAAACAGAAGAGUUCUCAAGUUGAGCAUGAUAAUGUGGACACUCCUGGUAUAGACAUAGAUUUUGUGGAUGAGCCAGAGAUGCGUGAGGCUGCCAUUAAGAUACAAGCUGCUUUCAAAGGUUACAAAACUAGGAAAGACAUGCGUCUAGUCUUCAAAGAAGUGUUCAAGAACCAGAAUCUUGAUCUUGGUGGUACUGCAUUCCUGGAGUGUGUUGUGGAAGGUAAAAUCGACACUGUGCGCUGGCUUAAAGAUGGAGUAGAUCUGAGGCCUGGGAAAAGGUACAGAAUCACCCAUAAUGCAGAUGGUAGGUGUUUUCUGGAAAUUUCUAGGGUUACAAACAAAGAUGCUGGAAUCUACACAUGUGAAGUUGCAAACAAGUUUGGAGCAAUUAGUUACAAUGGGAAUGUGAUGGUGGGUAAACCUCAGAAGCCAUCACAAACAAUUCAGACUGCACAAACACCAGGUACAGAAAUUGUCUCUGAUAAAGAGAUUGCUCCAGUCCUAAACACCGAAGAGGAGUCGUUGAGGCUCGUCUAUGACCUACCGGCAGAUGACACCUACAGCAAGAUCCAGGAGAAAAGGAGAAGUCUAAUUUCAGUCAGCUCCAUAUCAUGUUACUCAGAUUAUGACACAGCCCCUGAUGCUGAGACAGAAUACCAAUCUAGGAGAAAAGAGGCAGAGAAGUCAAAACAUGAGGCUCCUACUACUCAGACUUCUGAAGACGAAAGAAGUGUUAGUUUACAACCUCCAAAGACUACAGACCAGCUGAAAGGGAAAGGUUGUGAUUCACUGAGUCACACACCGUCUCCCAAACGCAUACAUUCCUACAAGUCCUCUGCAAAUAAUGAGUCGUUCUCUGAGUCAGAUGGAGAUGAUGACAGAGGAGAGAUAUUUGAUAUUUAUGUGGCCAAAACCGAUUGUCAUCCUCUGGGAGGAAACAAAGAAGCUUUUGUACUAAAGGAAGGCCAGUUUGUGGAGGUCCUGGACUCAUCCCAUCCUGUGAGGUGGCUUGUCCGCACAAAGCCAACCAAGAUCACACCAUCCCGUCAGGGUUGGGUAUCCCCGGCAUACCUAGAAAAGAAAACAAAGGUGAGUGAGUGUGUGUGUGGAAAUGUUUUCAUUGGCCUAUGA